GCGGGGCAGUCUUGGGCCGCCAUUACGGGGGAGUGUCGCGCCGGCUGUUGUCUGUUUCUCUCUCAUGGGGAAAGCUUCACGGAGAUCCCGUUCGUCCAUCCUGCCUAACUCAAUGCUGGACGCUACCACGAAGCUUGUGGGGGGCGAAAAGAGCUGACUAGGACUUAAGAGGCCUGCUUGGUUUCUUUCUCUCGACCCCCCUGUACAAAGACGGGAGUGGUAGCGUUCGUCCAUCCUGCCUAACUCAAUGCUGGACGCUACCACGAACACUGUGGGGGCGACGAGAGCUGACUAGGACUCAAGGGGCCUGCUUGCUUUCUCUCUCUCGACCCCCCUGUACAAAGACUCAGUGGUAGCGUCGCCGCCUUUUUCUUCAAUCAGGGCCGGCCACUACCAUGAACUCCGAAAGGGGGGAAGAAGGGAGUUGAAUUGGACUUUGCGGAUUGAGGUGAGACUCCCCCCCCCCUACAAAUACAGAGUGGUAGCGUCGCCCUGUUUUGCUUCCAUUCUAAGCAUUACUCGGGCUGUACCACGGACUCGAGAGGAGGGGGAUUGGGCCUAACGUGACGCCAUUAUGCGCCAGAGCCUGGCCCAGCUCAUGGCGUCGUCGUCCUCCGGCGGAGAGAGCCCCCGAGACGCGGAGGCGGCGUCCAGCCAUGAGGAAGCCGCCCUUUCCGGCGACGAGCUGCUCUUCCCAGGCCUUGGUUUGGACCUCGACGGUUGGUUGGAGGCCGCCAUGACGGAAGGCCCCGAGCCUGGCCCGCCUCACUGUCCUGAUCACCAUCCACAUCCAUCCCGGCCUAGCAACCGUCUCAAGGCGGCCGCAGCAGCACGAUUGAACCGCCAGAAGAAGAAGCAAUACGUCUCUGGCCUGGAGAGCCGCCUCCAAGGCUUGGCGGCGGAGAACCGGCUCCUUCGGGAGCGCAACCGCGGCCUGUGCCGGCGCCUACGCGACUUGGAGCGGGAGACAGGCUACUUGAGGGCGGUGUUGGCCAACCAGAGCGCGCUAGGCCGCCUCCUGAGCCACUUGGGAGCCGGAAGGGUCGGCAUGCGACUCAACAGCAGCCUCUUCUCCCAGGAAGACAGGCCUGUGCAAGAGUCUUCCUCCAGCCUUGCCUGGGAAAACAGCAACAGCAGUGACCACGACUACGCCUUGCCCGUCCCAGAAGAUGAUGAAGAGGAGGAGAACGACAACAAUAACAACAACAAAAGUGUGGCAGCACCAGCAGCAUCUUCUCCCAGCCCAGGUGGCAUUUGCCUCCACGUGGAUCGGGACCAGGUUUCGGUGGAGUUUUGCUCCCUCUGCGCCAGGAGGGCAGCCACCAACUCUACUUCUUCUUCCUCCUCUUCUUCUUUCGCCUCCAAAAUUUUCUCUUUUAGGUGCUUGCCCUGCCAGGCUCCGUUGUGUAGGGGUUAAAAGAAAA